AUGCAGACGCUCCUGGGUCAGCUGCUCGUCUACUUGCUGUCCAGUGGCGAAGUCGUUGCCGUUGUAGGCGUCCUCAUAAACGUCACGUUCCUGCUCUUUGCUGAGUUCAACCCGCCUGAUGCUGCCAUCCCGGAUGGCUCUAUGACGUAUCUCCACAGCGCUAUGCCCUCUCGAUCCUCGUCUCGCCCGUGUUCGGCAACUGUCCUGAAGAUCCGGUGUGUGACGAAGUACGAAGGGGUAGACGAAAGUGCGGUCGGUGUAAUCGGGAAUGUCGCCUUGUACAAUAUGCUCCAGGUAGCGCGCGCACUACCUGUACCGUUUGCCGGCAUUAUGAACCAAAGGACGAUAUAA